AUGUCCGCUCUAACACCACAAAUGCCUGCACAAACUCAUGUUUCGAUAUCGCGCAAGAGCAUCGACGAGCAGCCUGCACCCGUGCAGACGAUGAGCGUCCGGCCGACGCCGGAAAAGAAGGAGGGAGAGUCCCAGCAGGGUGCCAUGAGGUUGAGGGGAGGCUGCAUUCCUUGUCCAGUGCGUAUUACCUGCCCUGAUUUUCGUCGUGUUGUGGCUGCUGAUUGCAAGCGUAGAAUGGCGGAUGCUGCUUCAUCAUACCGAUACCGUGCUGUUGAGCAUGACCCUCGAGCCCCCACCUACUUCACGAACACCCUUUCAUUCAAGCAUGACGAUUCGGACCAAAAAAUGUGA